AUGGAUGUUUGGCGCUAGAUUGGCAAUCAAAAAGUAUAAGAUGUUGAAACUGUUCUGGAUGCAUUUAAUAGCACAAAUUGUCCAGAUUAGAUAGCCUAUAACAAUUGUUUAGGGUUUAUGAAAUUAUUAAAGUCAUCUGAUCUCCUUGAAUAAAUUAAGAAUCUGUAUAGUGAUCGUUAUUUUUGUCAACAAUUAUCGCAAUCUUAAUUUGAUAACUUUCUUCGAAUAACAAUAAAAUCAGUCCCCUUGUAUUAAGGGAAAGAUGAAGACUUUGUGGAUGGAAUAAACUUACUUCAAGAUUAUUUUUUAAAUUUUAACACCAAUCAAUUUUGCUUUGCCUUGUUAUCGAAUAAGAAACUAUUGGAAAAGCAUCCCAAAAUUAUGUUAACCAUCUUUUCGAAAGCCAUAGUUUAAGAAGAUCAAAUAUUAUUGAAUAAAAUUGUCUAAUUGUUAGGUCAAAAGUAACUAAAAUCCUUCCAUCAUCAAUUCCUAAUUGAUUUAAUUUAAAUUGAUCUUUCUCAAAAGUAAUCAUUCAGAACUUACGCUGAAAAACUAUUUGACUCUUUCAUUGGACACACCAUUUCAGAAUAACAAUUGAAAAUCAGCAAUUUGACAUUUCAAGACAUCAUAUUGGCAUUCAAAAGAUUAAUAAAAUGGGAUUGUCUAAAUUAUAAAUUUAUUGUUGUCAAAUUAGAUCACUAUAUCAUGACUCAAGAGAAGAAUAACGAUGCAAAUAUAUUAAAACUGAUAUUCUACAUUAUGACUUCCCAGUCAUCCCAUCUCUGGAUCAAUUGCUCAUAUCUUACUAAGACUAUAAAACUGCAUUGGAAAACUGCUGACUUUGAGUUCCGCUUUUAUAGAGUUCUCAAACUCCUCAGAAUCAACAAUCAUCGUGAUGUAGAUUCUAGCUAUAGAAUGGGAUUUAAUGGACUAUCUGGACAGAAGGUCGAUUCCUUUAGAUUAGCCUAAGAUCUAGAACAAAACAUUAAAAAGACUAUACAAGAAAGUGAUCAUCAGAUUAUUUACCUCUAAUUUAUUAAGUAAGCAUUUAAGAGAGAACCGUAUUGUUUUAGCUAUUCAUUCAUUUAAUUCCUGCUUUAAUAUCGAUAUGAGGAUAAGCCAGAUUUAUACUAGCCAUUCUGGUCUUUAGUUUCUAAGAUCUACUCCUUUUUCUUUAUUCAAUUAUAUGAGCAGGAUAUAACAAAUGUGUUUGACUUUUAGGGUAUGUUUGUGGAUGAGAAUGGGAAUACUAAGUUGACUACCAAAAUUGGAAUUCAAAAGAAAAAUGCUCGAAAUCUAGUCCCUUAUUUUUAAUAAUUAAUUAUUAAUAGUUAGAAUUUAAUUAUCACCGUUUAUAAAAAAUUCUAUAAAUUAUUUUUAUCAGAAAAACAAAUAUUUAAUUUCUUCACCAAUUUAAUUUACGAACCUUUAUAUUAACAGAUCGAAUUUCAAUUUCCUGAUAAAUCAAAUUUGAAACUAAAUUAGAACACUCAACUCUAUUAUAUGUUCUCUGAUAUUUUGGAUUCCUUCUAGAAUACAAAAAAUGUAUUAUAAGAUUACUUGACUGAAAUCUUCAAACAACUCAGCUAAAACACUAAAGAGAAUACAUUCCGAAUACUCUCCUAUUAUUAAAAGAUACACAAGAAGUAUUAGUAGUCCUCACUCUCUGAAUAUUGUUUGGAUUUAAUCAAUAAAUCUCAUGCCUUUAUGUUAUCUGAGAUUUUUUAAGGGAAAAAUGAAUUGUCCCAACAAAUCAACGUUACUUAAAGUUAAAAUCUUAAGAAUAAUUUACAACAACUAUUGCAACUCUAUCAACCAUUAUCUGAUCUCAGAUGCAAAGAGUUAAAAUAAAUUCAAGAUAUCAUUUUGACUAAUUUCUCAGUCAAUUAUAAUAUUAGUAUCGAUUCUUCAACUUCGAGAAGUUUUUUGCUUUGCUUAUUGAAAGCCAAUAACAAGUUGUCCUAAUAAUAUUAUGAGAAACAAUUGAAUAACCUUCUCCAACAAUUCGACCAUCUUUUUGUGACUAACGGUUAUGCAAAUUAAGAGAAGCUAGAGUAAUAAUGUUAGAAGUUUUCAGAUUUUGAAGAAAAGGAUCAAUACGGUUAAUACUUUUAAUCUAUUGUUGAAUAAAAAUCAAUUGCAGUCGAGUAAUACAUUAGAACCAGUCCUCAACUUAAAUAAUAAUUUUAAGUUUUACUCUAUUUGCAAUUGUUGAAUCUUCUAAUUUCAAAGAUUAAUAGGUACGAUUUUGAAGUUGAGGCAUUGAUUACAAGUUUGAGGAAAUUGCUCACUCAUCCUUAUGUGCCUGAUGAAUUCAUUAUUGAUAUUUGGAAUGAAAUCUAUUUUAUUAUUGAGUAAUUGAAUGAAUAAAGUUCUGAGAAGUGGUUAGAAUUGACUCAAUAGAAAUUGAUGAGUAAUGUGUUGAUUCAUUUGGAUUAAUCAAUCUCGAUCACUACCACACUCAUAUUGGCAGUAAUUGUAAAUCAGAAAUCACUUCAAAAAAAAUAGAUUCGAUUGUAGAAAUUGUUUUUACUUGUAAGCGAAUUGAAAAGCAAUAACCAAAAGAAUUCCUUAUAUCGAAUUAUUUUUAGCAAUUUAGAUAAAUUGGAUUCUAGUCUUUGUUAGAAGAUAUUUUUUGAAAUUAAGGAUCAAUUAAUGAUUCAAAGUGGGACAUAUAAACUAUUGAAGUUGAUAUUGCAAGAACCAGAUAAUAUUGAUCAUUUUAAUCUCAUAAUCAAGGUGUUUUUAGGGUAGGAAGUUCAUCAAAUACAAAUUCCAAUCCUUCAAUUUAUAGCUGAAAAUAUAUUUAAAAUAGGUAUGAGGUAUUAAAUUCUCAUCUAAUUGGGAGCUUGUGGAAGAUCAGUUAAAACCAAAAAGUUUGCUAAACAUUUAAUCAAGUAAUUUUAAUAAGCCGUAAUAUAAUAUUAGGAUCUGAUCUAGUUUAUCAUGAUGAUAAAUUCUGUCGUCUACUUGGCAUCAAUAUCUAUCAAGGAUCUCAAUUACUAAACUACCUAUUGGUUAUUCAGAAAAACACUCAAACAUUUUUUCUAACCUAGAAUCAAAUCCAAUAAUAAGAAAUGCAGUUAAAUAAUAAACUUGAUUUCUUAUUUCAUUGAAUAAAGUGUUUGUUUAACACCUGUCAAAUCUGAAUUUGAAUUCCAAUUAUCUGAAAAAUUAGAAAUCAACCUAAAAAAGUUGCCUGAAUCAAUUCAGUAAUCCAAUAAAUCUAUUAUUGAUUUUACAGACAUGAUGGGAGUAUUGCAACAGUAUUUGAAUGAUGUAAUGUCACUUGGAAAGAAGAAUUUUGAAUUCCUUAAGAAGGAUCAACAACCUCAGGGUAAUUUAGAUAUAUUUGAUGCAGUAUUAUUUUCAAUGAACCGAAAUCAAUCUAAAUAAAUAGUGAAAUCUAAAUAAUAAUAAAUUACUAAUCCAUUUUAGAAUUUUGCAGAUUUUAAGUAAUCAUCCAAAAUGGAGAAAGUGACCAAGGCUCUUGAUGUAGAGAAAGAAAUUAAAUGA